AUGCAUUUUCCUUCGGAUCCUCGUUUGGUGCCAACAAGAUCACCGUCACCAAGCGUCCGAGGUUCACCAACUCAACCUAUUCAAAACCAAACCAUUCAAGAUGUUGUAGGCGUUCCAGCGUCACUUCACAGAUCUCGGUCGUUGCCCGGUCAAAGGCUUUCCCACUCACUGCAAUUUAGACAUCAGGAUUUAAAUCAGAAUUCCCCUCGAGUAGACAAUAGAAUCCAAGCCAUAGACGAGACCACAGACUUACAUUGUGAAACUUGUCUUCAACCGCCAUUGGCCCAGGCUUUGGGCAUAGAAAAUCAAAGAUUGUUGUCGUAUGCCUCAGCCCCAAGACCACGGUCGGAAAACAACGUAAUUUUAUCAGUCACUAGCAACCUCCAUGAUCUUGUGUUAGACAAUGACCACUCUUUGGGAACUCGAGGGAGGAGAAGAGAGCGUCAGGACCAACAGCCUCCACUGUGGUCACUGCGUUACUCAAACACCACCCUGCUGCCUCCUCCCCAUCAGCACCACUCUAGAAGUUCUCGUACACCCACCAAUGUACGUGAAUGUACACCUCCACCAGCCAGAGCAGAGAGAGUAAGAAAAAUCGAAGAGAUUGAAUACUUGAUCGCUUAUGGCCUCUCCAGUAACUUUUAUAAUAACGUCGUGUCAUGGAGCCGUACUUCAGACCGCAUGGUUGUUGCGGCAGAUAACGAGGUCUACUGGUGGAACGGCCGUGGCCAUGUGGAACGCAUUGACUACGACCCCGAAUCCCAAUCUCCAAUAGCCUGUGUAGCAUGUUCGGAUAUCCAAUACACGGCUAUUUCAGCCAUGGACGGGACACUUUAUGUCCUAGACGAGUCCAAUGGUCGAGUCUAUUCGCAUCGGUUUCCAUGUGCUCUCAAGUGCAUUCAGUGGAUGCACCUAGGAAAUAUGUUCAUUGGCGGAGACAGCAAGGGAAUAUCAGUCAACAACGAGAACAGAGAAAUGGCUGUGGGUUGUAAUGACAAUCGUGCAACUAUUUGGGACAUUUCUCUGCUCCAGACGCCACUUCGAAAAUUUACGUUUUACCACUAUUCUGCCGUCAAGGGUAUUCAGUACUGCCCAUGGUCUCCUUCUCUAUUAGCUACUGGUGGGGGAUGCCAUGAUCGUCGAAUCCGAUUUUGGCACACGUCCACCGGAUCAUUGAUCUCGAAAUUUGAUACCAUGGGACAAAUCACAUCUAUUUUGUGGAGUCAAUCCCGAAAAGAGUUGGCCAUUACGUAUGGGUUUCUGAACCUACAGCCUCCAGUUCUAAUAAGCGUGCACAGGUAUCCAGAUAUGUGUAUGGUGGGUGAGGCAUUGCCCAAAACUGUUUUCCGAGGUCUUGGAACGGCCAUUUCAACCAAUCAGACGAAGAUCGCCGUUUCUGCAGAUGAUGGUACCGUCCGAGUGUUUGAUAUAUGGGAUUUACGUUCUCAUACAUUGAGCAACUCUCCACUGAGCCAAAGCAUUGGAGCGUUUGGUAGUCCAUUGAUUGAGGCGCUAGAGGGUAUAGAUGUGAGGUAUCCUUUCAUUAGGUGA